UUACGAAUUUUUUGUCUCCUAUUUUCUCUCUCACGCCAGAAUUAUUUUACUGUUCACUAUAACUGUACAUUAAACCCGUGCUUUUUACAAAUCCAAACUUUACCAUUUGUGUUCUCUUCGCUGUAUCGUCAGUGGAUCUUGAUGAAAUUGCCGUCUGAAGGCGUCGCUAAAUAGUUGAUUUGGACAAGCAAAUAUAUUUUGCUUGUUGAAAAUGAGUACGCCGACGCUCAACACCAGUGUGCGGAACAAGAUCACGCGCUUCCUUCACACCGGCAAUGAGGCUCCGAAGUACUUCCCUGGAUGCUGGAGCGCUCAGAAAUACUUUGAAGCCGACAGGCUUACAGCCCUCAAUGUAGCCCUGGCCGAUGGAGUGAACAAUGUUGAAGUUGUCAGCAUCAUACUCAAGGCGUAUAAAGAUGGCUGGUAUACUCGUUUUGAGACGAUAGCAUUUGCUUUAGGCAAAUGUUUGAUGCUAGGGUCUCAAGCUGUGAAAGAAGCCACGUACAAGGCUGCCGCUGAGGUGUGCCGAACUUCAGAACAAAUGAUGCUAUUUAACAAGUUCACCCGACUGCUGAAAACUGGAAAUGGUCGAGGUUGGUGCAAGCAUCUCAAGAAAUGGUACAGUGAGAAAGACCCAAUGGAGUUGGCCAAGGAAAUGAGCCGAGUGAAGGCACGUCAUGGACGCUCUCAUAAGACUCUACUGCGGAAAUGUCAUCUCAAAAUUGAACCUACUGAUCAAGCCCGUGACGCUGUGGUGAAAUAUGCAAUCUUUGGCUAUAAGCGGGCCAAACAGCUGGUGGGUGACAAGCCAGGAACCAAGGAGGUGUUCGACUACAUCCAGAAAGUGGAAGACAUACGUCACUGCGAAGAUCCCGUCGCGGCCGCGGCGAUGGUUACGCAGCAUCAGUUCACUCUGGACCAUAUCCCUGGCCACCUGAUUACGUCACAAGAAGUAUGGAAUGCCGUCUUACCUCAGUUUUCGCUGAAAGAGCUCCUAUACAACAUCCAGCGCAUCCACAAUAUGGGCUUCCUCACAAAUGAUUCGACCACCACAGCUAUUCUGUUGUCAAUGCUGAACAACCAAGACAUUAUCAAGAAGUCAAACAUCACUCCGCUAGAAGUGUACAUCACUAUGUGCAACUACAAAAAGAAGUACAAGCCGAUGAAGUUCGAGAAAGUGAAAGUGGCGAGUGAGAAGGAGACACGUCGCCGCGCGCGCCAGAUGUUUGACUCCAACACUGGGCUAUGGGAGUGGAUCGUCACCAGAAGGCAUCCCAAGGAAGUCAAGUACUGGGGCAUUGACCAGCCGCCGAACCAAGCCGUGAUCGCCGCUCUGAGCAAGCUGAUGGACCAGACGUGGCUGCUCACGCCGCCCACCAAUAAGCGGUACCUCAUCACCCUUGACAUGAGACACCAUAUGUUCAAAGGUCGUCACUUCUGCAAGGGCUAUACAGUACCGAAGAAGGGCAAGAAGACAACUCCCAAGCCCACCGCGCCCGCCGCUGGCGGCGACACAGACACUGAGAAGAAAAGCAAGAAGCAUUUGUAUGCGGAGUGCUUCCACCACAAGACCGUCACGCCGGGCCACGCUGCUAUUAUAUUGGCGCUGCAACUUCUGAAGCGCGAAAAGAACGUGAAGAUUGCGGUGUUCAGUGAAGACGGAGUUCAAGUGGUGAAUCUCGAACGCAACUUCAGCAGUGUGGAUGAAGCAGAGUUUAUCCUCAGGAAAGCGAACCUCGGCCGCGUGCAGCUAGACGCGCCCAUCGAGUGGGCGAUCAAGAACAACUACAAGGCGGACGUGUUCAUCAACAUGGUGGACCGAUGCACGCGCUAUAUGGAGCUGGAGCUAAGCGAGCGCGGGGGCCGCGGCCCGGGCGGGCGCUUCGGGCCGCCGCCGCCGCCCGGCGGGCUCGCCGACCGCUGCCCUGUGCGCGCGCUCGAGAGAUACCGCCAGAAGGGCGUCGGCGAUGCCAAAUUGGCGGUCCUCUCGCUGGCUUCCCACCGCGUGGGCACCACAGACGGCUCGCAUUCCGGCGUGCUGGACAUCGUGGGCAUCGACGAGCACGUCCCCAAGGUGCUGGACGCGUUCACGCUUGGCCAGUUCCUCUGAGGCCCCCGUAAGACCAAACUUAAAGACUACGAUCACAGCGUAAACUGAUUCAUAUACUUUUUAACCUCAUACUCUCUUUGUUGUGGGUUUUUGGGCUGACAUUGUCAUACACUUAUUCUGGUCAAGGACGGUUGAAUUGACGCACAUCAAAUCACUGACCGUGUGCAAUGAAUUUCAACUUAGAUUUCGCAUACCCGGUCAGUUUUUGGGUGUGCGUCAGUUUAACCGUCAUUAUGGUGAGAUCAAAAAAUACCUAGAAGUAGCUCACAUUGAUUGUCAGUCCACUGGAUCAGACCGCAAGAAAAGUGAAUAUUCGUUACUGGAUAGUAGUUGCUUGCUUGAUUGGCAAAUCAACUAUUUACGCACAUAACAUUGGGAAAAAUAUGAGGCUUAAGCAACCCAUGCUGUAUCUAGCUGUCAAUAAUAUUGCUAGGAGACAUACGUACACCUUCAAUUAUUAUCUGUAAGAGAAUCUAUGGUAUAGAUAUCAUAUUCAAGACAAUUAUUUAUUUGUAAGUUAAUUUUGUUGCAUACUUUGUUGUUUUAACUGCUUGAGAAUGUGCUGUAUUUAUACACUGUUACAGUUUUUUUGUUUGCAAGAGGAAAAUAAGUACGUCUCUUAACUUCCAUCGAAUAAUAAAAUUAACUUCUCAUUUUAUUUAUUACGUCUAGUAUUAUAAAUUUACGCUGUGAAUAGUUCACUUCAAAUACCUACGAUCGAAUCGAAAAUUAUUACUACCCUCAUAAUUUGAUUGUUGAAGUGUUUCAUAGAUGUAACCGAAAUGUGUUCCGACCUCCAUUAAGAGACUUCGAAAACGAUAUUGACUAACAUUUUAAAAUCGUAAUUCUAGUGACUGAGUCACAUCUCUAGAUUUGACGGCGAAAAUCUAAAUGUUCUCUUAGUUUUAUGUUAGGCUUAGCGUUUUGCUUACGAUAUAAUGGGAUUGUUAAUCAUCCUUAUAAUACCGGAUCUCCGCUUGUAUUUGAUUGUUUUAUUAUUAGGACGUGGCCGGUUUUUAUACGUACAUUUCUCGUUGAGGUCACGUCUGAUGGUUGAGGAGUUUUAGAAUCUUAACAUACGUUAAUAAUGUAGUUUUUUUUAUUAUUGUUAACUUAUUCAUCAGUUUCGGUUGAGCCGAGGCGUAAUGAACUAACGCGGCAUCGAAAUGAAAUCCAUUGAGUUUCUGCAUAUUUUUGCUUGUGGUCACAAUAGUCGGAUAUACAGAGGCUACCACGCAGGUGACAGGGUGUCGAUUACAUUUGACACGUUAAUACGUGCUUACGCCUACAGCUUUUUGACAAUUAUUUUAGUUUACAUUAUUACCAGGGUUAAGCGGCAGCGUCUAAAAUUACCUCUUAAUUUUAGGAAGGUUUUAGAAUCAAGGCAACCAUCCAGUUUAUACGGUUUAGCUGAUUCUGCAAUCUACCUAUUAACAUUAUACAAUGUAUUUUUUAUGUGAGAAUUUUGUAAACAGUACACAAUUGAUUUGUUAAAUAAGUUUUGGCAAGUAGUUUCGUACUGCUUAUAUUUAUUCGUAAGUAUAAAGUGUGUAUCUCUAGGUAAGAUAAGCUUAUUAUGCGUAGCUUAGAAAUGUUCUUAUCAGGGUCUUUUUGGUUAUUCAAAACUUGGCACCUGGCGCUCAUUCACUGCUAUGUGUUCUUUGUGACGAUAAAAAGGGGGGCAAACAUUUGACAAUAGGGGAUAUUUCUUUUAUUUAGAUCUUAUAAAAGAACGUAUUUCUAUACAGUAUGUCAUUUCACCUCCGCGGAGUUUAAACGCCAGUACUCAAUAGUUGUUGUGUUUCAAAUUUUAUUUAUUACUGUUUUAACUAUCGAAAUUAGUCGUUAGUUAGGGAAAGGUUGUGUGUAAUAAAUUAACUUUUCUAUUUGCCAAAGUAAUUUGCAUUUGUUUUUUUUUUAUUCAGGGUACUGGCUGACAAACCUUGACUGUCGUUAGCAUAGCAAUAUAAUAUUAGCAUAUCUUCCUUAUGACAGGCAAUGAAAUCAGAUACAUGCUCAUCAAUUUAACAAUGAAAUAAUGUUGUAGAUUAUUAACAUAGACUAUUAUUUAAUAAUAUUGUGAGAGUAAGCUAUAAAUGUAGGUAAGUGCACCAAUGUUAUGUGACUCCUGGAAUGGGCAUGAAUCAGCUUUCAUACUGUGCGUAGUAAUAGGUUAAUCCGUUUUAAAGUGUUGGUUACUUUUGUACUGAUAUGAACGGACUUUCAGAAUCUGUGAUCACUUGGUACUCUCUCGGGUUUAAGUAUUUUUAUAGCUGAAAAUGAUGAAAAUUUUCAUAACUUAGACAAAAUAACUCGAAAUUGCUAAGGCAUGCUUUUUACUGUUGUUUUGUUGAAUCAUUAAUUAGGAUAGCAAUUAUUUAAGUAUUAUUACCUUGUUCACGCGAGAAUAAUUUAUUUUAAUGCUUUUUAUUGCAUUUGAUUAAUUUGGAUGGCCUAUCGAAAGUAAUUUGAGACUUGUAGGUUGAAUGUUUUUGUAAAUUGGUCACUUCAUGUAAUGUCGCAGUACCAACUGUACCAAUGUCUAAAAUAUCGUUCUGUGAUUUGGUGAUGCCUUGCAAAUUCGACCUAGUGAUAUUAUGUUAAAACGGGCUGAGUUUCCUUUUCCCGCUUGACACCUAUUGUGUAAACGGCCAAGCUUAGAUUUAGUAUUUGUAGCGUAGUAUUAUAUCAUCAUUACCCACUAUCAUUAUAGUUGCAAAACAAUCUGUUGUUAUCAAUGAAAUACUACGUUUUAUUUUUAUGUUUUGUCUCAUUAUAAAGGUUUUUCAGCGGAAAAUAAAAGCUUGCUAGUGCAUUUUUUUUAAAUAAAAAACGAAUUUAGAUCCGUCCUUUUGCAAUUGGUUUUUGGAAAUACAUGCUUUAGCAUUAAGUUAGUAGUCAUAAUAAUUAUGUUUAACCCAUUCACAGCAGCAUAUCAACAGCACCUUAUAUGAAUAACAAAGUGUAAUAACAUUUAAAAAAUGUACUUGCAUGUUUGUUUUCACGUUAAUAAACUCUUGUCUAUAAAA